AUGAUGCGCGAGGCGUGCCGCGCGAUGGGAAGACUCGCGUCGUCGUCGUCGUCGUCGCGCGCGCGGCCGCCGCCGUCGGUCGUCGCGCCGGGAAGACGGCGCGCGACGACGACGACGACGACGACGACGAACGCCGCCGCGGCCGCCGCCGCCGCCGACGAAGGAUCCGCGACGUCCACGUCGUUCGCGUCUCUCGCGUCCUCCUCCUCCUUACACGCGGACGUCGCGCGCGCGCUCUCCGCGCUCGGGUUCGACGACGCGACGACGACGCAGGCGGCGGCGAUCCCUUCCAUCGCGGCGAACGACGACGUCGUUCUCGCCGCGGAGACGGGCUCGGGGAAAACCUUCGCGUACCUCGCGCCGAUCAUAUCGAAUCUCACCGCGCGAAACGCCGUCGGCGUCGGCCGCGUCGGCGCGCUGAUCCUGUGCCCGAACGCGACGCUCUGCGCGCAAGUCGCCGCCGCCGCGGACUCGCUGAGACGCGCGGACGGCGCGACGCCGCUGGUGCGGACGGUCGCGUUGACGCCGAACGCGAUGCUCGACGAUCGAAAUUUACCCGACGUCGUCGUCGCGACGCCGGCGCGCGCGGCGGCCGACGUGCUGCGGUUCAACGACGGCGGGUGGCGCCGAGGGAACUUCCACCCCGCGGUCGUGCACAUCAGGCACGUGGUCUUCGACGAGGCGGACGCGCUGCUGAGCGGGGGGUAUCUGCGCGCGGUGCGCGGGUGCUUCGACGUGUUGUAUCGAGAGGAGAAACUCGCCGCGUUGGGAUUGACCGCGCCGCCGGCGAGCGACGACGACGCCGACGUGGCGAGCGCUGAUUCGUCGGAUCUUGGUGACGUGGCGGCGGAUCGUGAUUCUGCUGACGUGACGGCGGACCCGGGGUGGACCGGCGACGCGAAGCGAAACGACGCGGCGUACGAGAAGGACUGGAGGGACGACCACGACGACGUCGGCGGCGGCGGCGGCGGCCGAGACCGCGACCGGCGGCCGCGAGGGUACCACCGCGGCCCCGCGCUCGGCGGCAAGGGCCUCGUCGGCUCCGGCGCGGGACGUGACUUCCGUAGGCAGUACGUCUUCGCCGCGGCGACGGUGAUGAGCAACGGGAAGAAGACCCCCGGGGCGAUCAUCCGGCACGGGUUCCCUGACGCGCGGUGGGUGCAGGGGAAGCGGCUCCACAUGGCCGUGGAGAGAGUCACGCAGGAGUGGAUCUCGGUGGACGAUCGCACGCGCGCGGACGCGCUCGGGACGGCGCUCGGCAUCCCCUUGGCGAAAAGUUCGGACGCACCUUCUGCUGACGUGGACAAAACUGACGCCGACGUGUCGCGACGCGAUAGGACGAUGGUGUUCGUGAACAGCUCGGACGCGUGCGAAGCCGUCGCCGCCGAGGUGUCGCGUCAGGGCCUUCACCGCGUCGCGUCCUUCCACGCGGACGUCGACGCGUCGUCGCGCGCGGCGCGCCUCGCGGCGUUCGCGCGCGGCGAGCUCGACGUUCUCGUGUGCACGGACAGCGCCGCGCGCGGGGUGGACGUCCCCGGGGUGACGCACGUCGUCCAGGCGGAAUUCGCGGGCAACGCGGUGGACUAUUUGCACAGGAUCGGACGCACCGCGCGCGCGGGGGCUCCCGGGCGCGUCACGAACUUGUACGGCGAGGUCAACGCGGACUUGGUCGCCGCGGUGAGGGACGCGGCGCGGAGGGGCGAGGGCGUCGAGAGCGCGUUCAGUCGGAAGCGGAGCUUCCGGAAGAAGUAUAAAAAGUACGGACCGAGCAGGACGGCGCCGCAAAAUCGGAAAUAAUGAUGACGUUUGGAGUAUCCUACGUAUAUCGCUAUAGACGCGAUGUCCAGACCAGAAAGGAAUAACGCUGCUAAUACUACGUAAUACAUCUCUACU